CCACUCCUAUUGGCCAGCCUGCCAACCACUCAUUUGCCUUGAAAUUUAGCUAGGUAGAGCUGGUUUACUUCUGGGAGGUCUUGAUGGGUGAUGGUCAUGGCUACCCACAGGGAUAGUGGCAGAGGCACACCGAGACUUUGGAGCAGCUGUGUCAACUGCUUGGUGUUGGCAUAAAACCUGAUCCCUUCUGGGUGUCCUGCCGCUUGGGUUUCCCUGGAAGUGAAGGAAGGUGUCCAUCCCAGGGCAGCCUUGGAAUGCUGUCCAAACCCAACUUGUGCCACCUCUGUGGAAGCACAAAAUGGUUGCUCCGCCACCGGGCCUCUUUUCAACCAGAGCCCCAGCCUCAGGGAAGAAGCAGCAGCACAGGACUCUCCGACCCGAAACUCAGAUAUUAGACGUCUCCCAUGCCGCUCCAGUUCUGCCCAUGUCCUGCUCCGAGGAGGACCUCUCCUCUUCCUCUUCUCUGGUCUCCAACCCCCGCACAAGUCCUGCUGCCAAGAGUGUGAGUACAUUCCCCAUGCAGAGCGAUUCCUCCAAGUCCAGCUCCCUCAGCGACGAUGCCAUCAGCUUGAAGACAGCGAGCAGCCUCAAGUCAGGACGCUUAGGCCCAAGCAAGGCCCAGUUGCAGAAGUCUUCCUCUCAGCUCCCUUUGCCUCCAAGCAGGAGUACAAGUUGCUGCAUCCUCUCCCGUUUCCCAGAGGAUUGCCCUCCUCGGCCCAGAACCCCACUUUGUGCAAUGCGAGAGGCUGGCUGCUCCACGCCACCUGGCUCGCUGAAGGCUCCCUCCUCCUUGCCAGCACCCAGACCUCUUUGCCUUGGGGUGGAGGAAAGGCAGCCGAGGGAAAAGGAAGAGAACUUUGAGCAGCAGCUGUCCCACAUGGAGGCCAGGCUGAAGGCUGUGCAGGAGCAGCAAACGCUGUGGCUGCAGGAGCUGGUGCCGGCUGUGCGGCGCGUUCGCUCAGAGCUUGCCAACAUCGGUCAGAGCCUGGCCAGGCUAGUGCAAAUGUUUGAAGCGCAGGUGCCUGCCUGCCCACACUUCCAUGCCACCCAGGAGAAGGGAGCGGCCAAAGCUGAGGGCAGCAGAGCAGGAGGCAAGCACCUGUUCCACCCCACCUUCACCCAUCGCCCCUGCCAGGAAAUAUAAAAGGAACCCCAGCCCUGUAUGGACGCAGAGCAGUUUCCAUUAUAUACAGAACAAUGGU